UUGCGAUCCAUCAGCAAUCAACAGGCAGUACGACGCGGUACGCGAGGUAAUGUUGGUUCGCAACUUCGUGUUGUUUCUAGGGGUAUGCGCGCAGUUCGAUGGGGGUCAGAUGCAUGGGAACAGGAGGCCAGGGAGGUUUCCCCCGAGGCUGAAUCUGAAAACAGCGCUAGGACUGAAGAACAGGAUCCAAGAGAGGAUUACGCAGUACAGGGAGCGGACUACUCAGUCGGUUUGUUACGACAUCGUGGGCUGCUUCAACCUCCCGCACAAGAACUCCCCUCUCCAAAAAGUGCCAGAGGACCCCCAAGUUCUGGAUACCAAAUUCCACCUCUUCACUAGGCGCAUGGUGGACAUUACCAAACCGGAAAUUCUGCGCUAUGAUGACAAUGGAAAAUCUUUAAACGAAUCGACGAUGGACUUCACUAAACCCCUGAAGCUGAUUGCCCAUGGAUAUAUGAGCAGAUGGAACGAAAAAGGAUCCAUCAUCAUGGCAAACGCCUAUUUGAAAUUGUAUGACUGUAACGUGAUCCUAUUGGACUGGCACAUUGGAGCGAGGGGACCACAAUAUCCUACAGCAGCAGCCAAUACCGAAUUGGUCGGAAGACAACUGGGUAUCCUGCUCGUCCAGAUGGUAGAGAAAGGACUGGACGCCAGAAAAAUUCAUCUGAUAGGGUUUUCGCUAGGAGCUCAUGUUUGUGGUACGGCAUCAGAAAGUUUGAAGGCGAAGGGAUACCUAAUAGGACGAAUAACUGGACUUGAUGCAGCAAGUCCCUUAUUUAGGAAUGAAUAUCUAAGGGAAAAAUACAAAAAGCUGGAUAGAAGCGAUGCCAAGUUUGUUGAUGUUAUCCACACCGAUUCUAGUCCAUUUGUCACUGACGGUUUCGGCUUGUGGGAACCAAUUGGACAUGUGGAUUUCUUUCCGAAUGGGGGUCAAGACCAACCUGGUUGUGAGGAUGUGAAAGAUUCAAUAGUUGUCUCACAUUUUGAAAGAGGCCUCUCCAAACAAAUAGUUUGCAGCCACAUCAGAGCUUUCCAUCUCUUUCGAGAAUCCCUCUUGAAUCUCUUAGAGAGACAAAGAAACAAGGACAGUUGCGAAUUUACCGCCUAUGACUGCCCGGGCGGUAUGCCUUCCUUCGAAAGGGGCAACUGUUUUCCCAGGAUAGGAAAGGAAAACGAAACCAUCGCCUUGGACCCCUCAUACAGGUAUGACAUAGGAAAGUUUGGGGAAGAAGCCAAAGGAGAGGGGGUCAUGUUCUUUUCUACAAAGGACAGUGGUCCGUACUGUGGUACCCAGCUUCAAGCUUCAAUACAACUAUCGCCUAAAACCGGGCCCAUGAAAGGACUGUUACAAGUGCAAUUGAGACCUUCCAACAACCCUGUUGUUUUUCAAAUAAACUGCGAAUUGCCGAACGACCAAAAUCUGGGGAUUCAGAUGAAUGGUUUGGCCGUCGCAGAUUACAACUCGUUGCCAGCGGAUUUGGACAGCAUCCAAGCAAGGUUAAGUUUUUUUGAUAUAGAACAGGAGGAGAGAAUAAGGAAAAACCAGACCGAUGUUUCGCCUACAAUUUAUUUUGACAAGCUAGCAGUCAGAGACAUGUAUGGAAACAGUUGGCAGUAUUGCGGAAAAGACACCAAGAUGGAAGAUAAGACAGGCCAAGUUUAUGGCUUAUUGAACAUCACUCUGAGCAAAGUUGCAUGCUGAUAUUCACCAUAACAGAAGACUGAUUCAUCGGUAAAGAAGAAGGUUCCCCGUCAAGAUAAACCAUAGUUGAAGAUUUCAGAAAUCCACUCAUGGUUAGAAAAAAUCACCAGUAAUAGACAUAGUUAGAAAUCGAUCUUGCCAAACUUGUUUGAAUAUUCAACGCAUUGUUACAAUCUGAAACAAAAUAAAAAUUGUAAUGGAGGAUUUUACCACUCUGGUUCGAAUCAAUCCUAAAUGGUCGUAGCAUAAUUGUGAAGCAAGGAAUUUCAGAAUUUCAAGGAUAUUUUUCUGUUUUUCUUUCUCUUUCCGGGCGGUAUUCGUCUCACCAGGAGCUGAAAACUCCACGACAAAUAUCGUCUUGCUCUGAUGGUCAAGAGGAACUACAUCAGCCCCAUCACCUGGAAUAAGCCUGCGGGUGGGGAACGAAUAGUUCCAAUGAAUUCGUCACUUCUCGUUUUCCACAACGGAUUCAAUAUCCCCCAGAACGUCGGACAACACCAGUGUCUCGUCAACACCGUAAAAGUACCGUAGGAGGUAAUAAAGUACUGGCAGGCCAUGAUGAAUCCCUCGGUUUCCGACCUCAGCCCACUUGAGUAGCUGCCCUAGAGAAAUGCUCCAAUUCCUGCUCUGACAUGGUCGCGGACCAUUCAGAGAAGGGAAUCUUAAUUCCUGAUGGCUUCACAGGCUCCAUCCAGUACCAUUCUGUCAUGUAUAGACACCUUCAACUCAAAAGUCCACGUCUCCCCUGUAGUCGGGGGAAGUACAACCGUGGAACGGAUGAUUUGAGAUGCAAACUCCUAUACAAGUGUGGAAAAGGAAAACAUCUAGUUCACCCCGAAUUUGAUGAAUUUCUCUACCAAAAAAGAGCUGAGAAAAUUAUACACAUACUUGUCUUGAAGUUUCUUCGAAGAAGUUUGAGAAGUUUCUUAAUGAAUUGAAUCAAAUAAAGAAAAACUACAACUGGCGUUUGAUGUCGUCAAUUAUAAAGACUGAAGCAGAUUUUUGGUCUCUAAAACGUCCUUUUUUAGGAAAGGAAAAAACUUUUUGGCUCUCCAUUUCUCAAUCAAACAAAAAAUGAAAAAGGGAGUGCUUCGUCUUGACAUCCAAAACGACGCUGAUGAGGUGAUGAGGUGCCUUGCCCCGUAACUUCGAAGUACACCAUUGAGGAUGAGAGGGUUCCAUACAAGUAACAUUUUAUAUCAAUACUGUUCAUAUUGUGUAGUGAUCCUAUGAAAAAUAUUCAUUUAAAUCCCAUUGAAAAUGUUUGCUUCAUGUAAUUUCCAAUAAAGUUAGAGUAGAUAACUGUAUAAUUUUCGUAGUGUUUUCUGGUAGGCAAAAUUAUCAAAUACAAGUUACUGUGUGAAAAAUACAUUGUAACAUAUCGGAGUCGACUAAAAAGUUUGCACUUUCCACACCUGUGUAAAGUUUUCCAUUACAGUCUUCAUAUUUGAGGAAGUUUGAAGUUUUCAGAAGGAACAAGGCUCGUUUCAACCACAGAAACGAAUUUUAUUCAAUAUUGAUUGUAUUUCGUUAUUUUUUUUUUCAGGUAUAGGAAUAAAAGUUCAAUGUAUUCAAAGUAACUUUUCGGGAAAAUUUGUGUUACCAGCGUCAUACUUAGGGAAAACUUAACAAUAAUAAGACCACAUUUUUUGUAAUCAUCACACUUUUAUUGAUUGUCAAACUUUUAAAAAUUGAAAUAAUUUUCAAGGUAGAAAUGGACCUAAUUUAUUGUAACCAGUGUACUUCACCAUAUGCAAAGAUUCCGCACUUUUUUCUCGUCCUAAAGAUUAAAAUAUUGUUUUUAUUUGAGACAACUGAAAUCGUCAUUAAAAAAUAUCCUUGAAUACAUUUGUUUUUAAUUUGAAUGGGCAAUGCGAAAUUCUGUAUCCAAAGACUUGCCCAACUUUUCGCAAAUUAUGACAGAAAAAAUAAAAAUGAUGGAAUUUUACAAUACAGUGAGACAGCUUGGCAAAGGUACUUUUGGCACAGUCCAACUAUGCGAAAGGAUUCACAACAAACAAAAGAUCGUCGUCAAGCAAAUUGUGACGGAAUUGGAAGGACAACAGCUGGAGGCAGCCAAAAAUGAGGUGGUCAUCCUGAAAUCCCUAAAUCAUCCCAACGUCAUUCAAUAUUACGACAGCUACAUACAGAAGGGACUGUUUUAUAUCGUUAUGGAAUACGCCAGCAAAGGAACACUCCAGGAGUCUAUCGAGAGAGAAAGGCCAAAAUAUUUCACACCUCAACACGUGAUGGAUUUAUUUUGCCAAAUCCUAAUGGGACUUGACCACAUACACCGACGAAAAGUCAUCCACAGAGACUUGAAAACAGAAAACCUCUUUUUAACCGGGCUAAAAGCGGACGUCAUCAAAAUUGGCGAUUUUGGUAUUUCCAAAAAUCUUGUAAAUGGAAAAAUGGCAAAUACUGUUAUUGGCACUUGCAAUUAUCUAGCUCCGGAACUUUGCGAUGGAAAACCUUACAAUAGCAAAUCUGACAUUUGGUCACUGGGUUGCAUUCUUUAUGAAAUGUGUGCCAUGCAGAAAAUGUUUGACGGAACCGUUUCGAACAUAGUUCUAUCCAUCGCCAAUGGACGAAAAAAAACCGUCAACACUAAAGUGUACGGUAAACAAAUGCAAGAAAUAAUUGACAUGAUGCUUCAGCCGCGUCCAGAAGACAGACCCGAUACUCUGGCUCUUAUGACGCAUCCGGAUAUCUUUCCUUCUUUGUAUUACUUGGGAAGCUAUCUUGGAUGCAUAGAAUAACUGACUGAUGAAAGGUCAAAAUCAAUGCUUGGUUCCUUUAUGGUCUGGCCGACGUUUGCUACAUCGAAUAUGCUAAACUACUGCUGGGUCCCAGUAGAUUAGCUUGAUUCGUAUCCUUGAUUGAAAUUAAGAUUAGGACAGCGAAAAAUUGUUAUCCACAAAUAUUUGGUUUGUUUCCUUAUUUAUUAAAUUAAAUCAACUACUAGCUAGCAGAGACCCUUUCCAGGGAAACCAAAUAUGCGUUAAUUUUGAAAUUUCUAUCUCUCCAAACCAGACAAUAAUUUUAUUCUCGAACAAGUCAUUUUUUGUGGGGGAAAUUAAAGUUUUCAUCGACUUCUUUGACGAUUCUCACCUUUCACAAACUGAAAAAGUUUAAAUUUGCUUAUCGCUCACAAAAUGAGCUGAGAAUUUGCACAUAUACUGAUAACUAGAUCAUUUGUCUUCCUAAAAAAUACUCAGAAUUUAAGUAGCGACUCAUUGCGGUGAACUAAAAAGAUUACGAUUUCUAUAUUCGUGUCAAAUUCUCGAAUUCAAUGUUUUUCAGAUUUUGGAACUUGAAAAUACCCAAAAGAAGUUCGACCAAAAACUUUAUUGAAAUUGAAAGAGGUAUUUUUCAGUAAAGAUUAGUUUUUGGAAGAAAAGCGUCUCAACUUCCACUUCUCCUUUGGAAGUUCCCACAAUUUUUUGCAUAAAGAUGGUGAAGUUGAACCUGAAAAACUUUAUUUUUAUACUGACAUCUCAAAAGUCACUGCAUCAAUGAAAAAUAAAUGAGGUUAAUAUCUUUAUAGUUUGGUUUGUGGAAUUGAUUUUAUAUAUAAUUAUUUUAAAUUUUAGAUUUUUCUACUUUUACUGACCAUGUUACUGAACGUUUAUGUGUGAGUUUUGUUGUGACAUUUUAAUUUGUUAAAUUUAUUAUGAUUUCGAGACAAUAAAUCCGUUUGAAAGUACA